UAGGCACAGCAAGUCACACAUAUUGUGACAUUUAUAUCAAAGUUGUUUCAUGAUUCUCAAGAUUGUAUGAUUCCUCCACUUGUAAAAAAAAAAAAAAAAACCUUUGCUCUGGCCCUAUUAAACCUCCUCCAUAUAGACGAGGCUCUAAUGAGACACUGUAAAACAUUCUGGAGCAAUUAGAGCAUUAAUGGAUUUGGAAGUGAGGAGAGUGAAUUACCACAAGCAUGUACUGACGCCAUCUAGCGGGUGUCUCACCCGACUAACUUUUGUACCGAGAGAGAGACAAAGUGAGAGAGAGAAAGAGAAGGGGUGGGGGUGCUUUAAGUUAGGGGGCGCAGUUUUCUGGCAGUUUUUCCCCAUUGCCCCCAAACACUGACCCUUUGAUUCACCUUCCUAAUUAAAUAGUGUAGCGUGGACUGUGUUGCAAAUGAACUGGCAACAUAGCAAGACAGCUCCCUGAUGUUUUAAGGACAUAUUGGCCUGUGCACUUAAAUCAUAACAAAGCCAAAUGGGCUCCAACCCAAAUGGCCUCCCCUUGAAACUAUUUGUUUUGCACACAGCCAGGGGAGUGCGACUAAUCCAAUCCAAUUUCCAGUCAGCACAAAGGCUCGGUGAUUCACUGAAGAGAAAGAGAAUCACGAGAGACAAACUGUGGAGCGGUGCUGCCAUAUACCUCCUGGCACAUCUAAUCCCAAUAAGGACACAGAGGCACCGUUACGGCUGCGCCGAGGGCGCAUCAGACGGGUACAUGACGGCGGAGGCUCCCACGCUGGAUGCUCAGGCUCCUUCUCAAGGGAGUCGUGUUCGCAGGAAACUGCUUAUAUUGACGUCAGAUGGGUGAGUGACUUAACCGCGUGUGUUGCCACGACAGGAGCGACCGCAGCUGCGUGGGUCUGUCCACAUGAGCUGCACCCACACAACAGACAACCAAGCUGAGAUGCACCAGCCGCAACAACUAUACAACAUAUAAAAUAAAAACAAAGUUUAAUGGACACUUGGUUUUUUUCAAACUCAGUGUGAAUUGAUGAUUUAAUCAGCCAGGAGAAGAAGAAAGGGAGAGCGACGCUGCAUCCCGCAGCUGACAGAGAGACCACUUGUGCCGCCGUCUCAACUGUGCCAAGAGACAGGGAGUCUUUGAAAGCAACCGGAGCGCACCCGAGCGGCAUAUCAAUCAGCGUCCCGGAGAGCGACGCGCAGGGCGAUAAAACGCAUUGUCUUUUAGGUGCGCGCGCGUGCGCGUGUGUGUGUGUGUGUGUGGACCAGAGAGGAGCAAUGGUACUUUUCAUGUGCGGAAAAAGAAGGACAGCAUCAGUCACGGGCAAACAAAUGUGAAAAUCCUCACUUCCCAUCGUCUUCAUACGAGUGCGCACCGACGAAGAGACGCCGGACCCGCAGGAUCAUCGAUUUCGCACUUAGUGGUUUUUGCGCUGUGUAUGUGUGAAGAGCGAAGAGGAGGCAGAUAACGGCGGGAUUAAGAUACUUCUCUUGGACGAAACACUCAAAUUUAUGUCACCAUGAAAGCUGUGAUGUUGUUUUGGCUUGUUUGUUCUGCGGCAUUUUUCGCUGGGCUGCAGUGCGCCUCGCCAAGAACCACGGCGGCGAUGGAUCUCACCUCCGCCGGCUUCAGCAGCAACAGCAGCGGUGGCGGCGGCGGUGGUGGUUAUAGUGGUGAAACUGGUGGGAAAAAAGACCAGAACCAAACACUGGACUCCAGGCUGAAGAGGAGAAAGGUGGCUGUGGAUUUUGUGGUCCCAUCUCUGUUGCGCUAUUUCCUGGCGGAGUUCAUAAAGAGGCCAUUGAACGGCGACUGCCAGACUUUUAGCGGAUGUUCCACAGUGCAUGCCAAGUUACAAAUGCACUGCGUACCUUUGCAGAAAAUCCUAGCUACUUUUGUGGAUCCCAAGUCUGCAACAGAUUCAACACCGAGGAACAUGUCUUCAGACGGACAGCUCCCCUUCUUCUUCAAGCGGCCGUUGUCCAAAGUUCUGAAACUGAGCGUGAGGGAGUCAAGUCAAGUAGUGGUGGAAAUCGGGGAGGAUAUAGUCAGGACGGGAUGCGGGGGCCUGUCUGUAUACGAGGAGGAUCCGGUGGUUACUCUGGAAAUGGACCUCACAUCUAUUCUGGAGUGGUGGCUCGGCUCAGGGGGAAGCCGGCUUAGAGUCCGACUCAUGCCCGAGAAAAAGGCACAGGAGCCCGGCAUCGGGGAUCGAUAUGCCGCGGCCAUACGCGCUGCAGACCCUCGUCUUUUCCUCCAGAUAUCAUCCCAGGGUGAUGCCUUGACUCAUAGAACUGCAGCUGACAUCCCUGGAGGAUACUGGAACUUUUCCUGGGUGUCUGAAUAUGAUCUGAGCUUUCCUGAUGACUCCACAGUCAUGUCAGAUCGCAGAUGCCCUGGCAAUAGCAGAACAUGUGACCAGCAGCUGGGGGGCAGCCCGGAGUUUACAUGGAGCAUAGUGGCUGCUGGGGACCUGCAGAAAGAAAGAAAUGAAAGAACUGAAAAGAAGACUGGAAGUCCACAGGGUUGGGAGGAAGGUAAGAAUGAAGGUCAAUUCCUCUGGGUGAACAGUUCAGCAUUUGGAGGUCCCUGGGUGCUGAGUCCUUGGCUGUGGGGUGGACAAGUUCCUUGUAGCCUGGACAUGGCCUUGUUCCUCCACCCAAAACAAAGUGGGCAAUACACCAUAUGGCUCAUAGAGCGGGACAAAGAGCCACUCGCCCUCUUCUCCACUGUUACCCUCCCACGCAUCACAGGCUGGGCAGUGGUCCACCUCACCCUGGGCACCCACGGAGGAUCGCCUUUUCGGGUCUCUGCCAGUUAUGAUCAGCGGAUCCCACAGGAUGACAUGGCCACUAUCGAGCCCCACUUCACCACCAACUGCACCAUGGCCUCCUCACCCGGCCCAAACAUCACACUGGAGAGUCAGUACCACUGUCAGCAGGGGCCCGGGAUCCCCGUUGACAAACUCUGUGACUUCAACACAGACUGUCCACUCGGCGAUGAUGAAGGCGAACUAUGUCGUCGCUUUCUCAACGGCAGCUACUGCUCUUUUGAAGAAGGCGAGUGCAGUUGGCAGUCAAUAACGGGUCGUGGUCUUUCCUGGAGGAGAGUCCAGUCUCCAGCCAAGGCUUCCAGACAGAGCUGCCCAUCAUCAGGAGCUACAUUCAGUGUGGAGGGAAGCCAGUCUAAAGUCCAGAGAGGUGCAGCAUUACUGAGGAGCCCUCUCUUCCCCCCACCUCUGAGAAACUCCCCAUGCACGGUGCGGUUCUCGCUAUGUUCUGGAGGCUUACAGAGGGGGAUGCUGUCUCUCUGGAUAGUGGAGAACAGCACAGGCCCUGAAGAACAGCGCAGACUGUGGCAUUCAGCCAGUGAACCCAAGUCUGAAAGGGGCUGGAAACUCAUCGUACUUCCCCUUUUUGGGCUGGCAGACUGGUUUUGGCUGCAGUUCAGCAUCGAGGACGGGCCUGGACCCAGUUCAGCCAUCUCUCUUGACAACAUCUCUUUCAGUAUGGACUGCUUCAUGACAACCAAUGGCGAAUUUCCACCAGUGGUCAUCAGCACAACCCGGCAGUUUAGACCAACUAUCAACACCACGUCCAGGUCCACUGAAAACCCACCCACCCCUAAUUACUCCAAAACCUGGAUUUUUCAUACCUGCGGGGCAGUGGGUCCUGAAGGCCCGACACCCACUCAGUGCCUCAACUCCUACAGGAACAACAUUGUCAAUGUGACAGUGGGCACCCGGGGGCCCUUCAAAGGCAUUCAAAAGUGGCGGGUUCCAGAAACUGGCACUUACAGGAUUACUGCCUACGGUGCAGCUGGUGGUCGUAGUGUAUUGGCUAUGAGCAGGUCACAUGGUGUCUACAUCACUGGAGACUUCCUGCUGAGGAGAGACGAACUGAUUUACAUCCUGGUGGGACAACAAGGGGAAGACGCAUGUCCCAAUUCCAACAGCAUACUGAAUAAGAUCUGCCUGGAACAGAGCGGCCCAAUGGUGAACAAAACUCAAGUGAAAGGAGGCGGAGGAGGAGGUGGAGGAGCCACAUAUGUUUUCAAGGUGAACAAGGAUGUGUACACCCCUCUCAUCAUUGCUGCUGGUGGAGGAGGCCGGGGCUACAGCAGCCAAUCAGGAUCACAGCUGGAGCAGAUGGACUAUGAUCCCAGUCAGCCGGGACGCAAUGGGAAGUCGAGCGCAGCAGGUGGAGGCGGGGGUUGGAAUGAUAGUGCUCCUGUCAGUCAGGGCGGCAGACCACUGGUGCUGGGGGCCCAGGGAGGGCAGGCCUGUCAGAAGUUCUGGCAGACUCGUGGCGGCUUUGGUGGUGGCGGAGGUGGAUGUAUGUCAGGUGGGGGCGGUGGAGGCUACAGAGGCGGUAACACCUCCAUGAAUGACAACGCCAAACAUGAUGGCGAUGAUGGCACAUCUUUCCUCAAUCCAGAAGGAGAGACCUUCCUCCACGCUCUGAAAGCUAUGGAGGGCGAUGGUGAGGUGAUCAUCCGACCGGUGCAGAACUGCAGCCACUGUGAGAGCGGUGAAUGCCACGAGAGUGAGGACAGCAUUGUCUGCUACUGUGACGAUGAGCUCAUCCUGGCACCAGACGGAGUGUCCUGCAUCAACAGUACAGUGAUGACCCCGCUGGCUCCUCAGCCGUCUCUCUCCCACCUGGCCCUGGGUCUGUCUGUCGGCACGUCAGCCCUCAUCGCUGCACUGCUGCUGGCUGUGUCCGGGGUCAUGAUAAUGUAUAGGCGCAAACAUACAGAGCUGCAGUCCAUUCAGCUAGAGCUGCAGAGUCCAGACUGCAAGCUCAGUAAGCUGCGGGCGUCCACCAUCAUGACUGACUACAACCCCAACUACUGCUUCGCCGGCAAAACGGUCUCAGUCAGUGACCUAAAGGAAGUGCCGCGACGCAACAUCUCCCUCACCAGGGGGCUUGGUCAUGGUGCUUUUGGUGAAGUGUAUGAAGGACUGGCAGUGGGAAUACCAGGUGAACUGAGUCCACUGCAGGUGGCAGUUAAGACCCUUCCUGAGGUUUGCUCUGAGCAAGAUGAAUUGGACUUCCUAAUGGAGGCUCUAAUCAUCAGUAAGUUCAGCCACCAGAACAUUGUGCGCUGUGUGGGAGUGAGUCUGCAGGCCAUGCCCAGGUUCAUCCUCCUGGAGCUGAUGGCAGGAGGAGACCUCAAGACUUUCCUGAGAGAGACCAGACCCAGACUGGAGCAGCCUUCCAGCCUGACCAUGGUGGACCUCCUCAACGUAGCCAGAGACAUCGCUAAAGGCUGCCAGUAUCUGGAGGAGAACCAGUUCAUACACAGGGACAUUGCAGCACGGAAUUGCCUCCUGACCUGCAAAGGACCAGGCCGUACAGCCAAGAUUGGAGAUUUUGGGAUGGCUCGAGACAUUUACAGGGCAAGCUAUUACAGGAAAGGUGGACGUGCCAUGCUGCCAGUGAAAUGGAUGCCACCUGAAGCCUUCAUGGAGGGAAUCUUCACAUCUAAAACAGACACAUGGUCAUUUGGUGUUCUGCUGUGGGAGAUCUUCUCACUGGGCUACAUGCCAUAUCCAAGUCGCAGCAACCAAGAAGUGCUGGAGUUUGUGACCAACGGUGGCAGAAUGGACCCCCCUAAAAACUGCCCUGGGCCAGUGUACCGUAUAAUGACACAGAGUUGGCAGCACCAGCCUGAAGACAGGCCUAACUUCUCAACUAUCCUGGAGAGAAUUGACUACUGCUUACAGGACCCAGAUGUGGUGACCGUGCCUCUGCCUGUAGAAUAUGGUCCUGUGCCUGAGGAGGAGGAGCGUGUACCAGCACGCUCUGAUGACACCUCAGCUCCCGCUGUGCUGGUUAAUACCCAGGUGCCUGAUGGGGAGGCUCCACAGCCACCACCAUCCUAUCCUACAGAGGAGAACCGGAGAGGUGGAGAACAUACUGUUGUGGCUAGCACAGCAUCGGAGGCCAAAGCACAGACAUCGACCCAGCCCCAGCUAUACCUCCACCAGCACCAGCAGCCUCACACACAGACCUCCAUCACCAUGACGACCACUAAUACAAUCACCUCCACGGCCUCCUCUACUUUCUCAGCCAAGGGACCUCAUGUCAAUACCCAGCCAAGCGUAGAGGGGGGGCACAUUAACCUGGCAUUCACCCAGGGCCACCCAGCUGAGAAGGAGGGCCAUAGCGGGAAGAACACCAGUCUCUGGAACCCAACAUAUGGCUCAUGGUUCCUGCAGCAGCAGAAGAGGAAGCAGCAGCAGCAGCAACAGCAGCAGCAGCAGCAGCAUCAGAGGCAGGGAGGGGUGGGCGGCAUAGGAGGCAGCAGUGGCAGGGUACCCGGCGAGGGACAGGAGCAUGUGGGGCGUACGGUGGCUGAGAUGGCAGGAGCACUGGGUCUUCAGCACCAGCACAAGCAGUUCCAGCAUCAACUCCAGCAGCAGCACCAACUUCAGCUGCUGCACCAUCAGCAGCAGCAGCAGCAGCAGCAGCAGGGUCUCUGUAGACCUCUGUUACCUCCACCACCCCCUCCUGCUGCACAGUCACCUCUGCUAUUAGAUUCAGCCGCCUUGCCCCCAGUUCCCCUCUACAGACUGAGAAGAUUCCCCUGUGGGAACAUCGGCUACGGCUACCAGGACCAAGGUCUGCCACUGGAGGCUGCCCACGGCAACCCUGCACCCCCUCCUCCACACCCUGCCUCCCAGCAGGGAGCCUCCAUGUCCUCCUCAGCAGCUCACCAGAGGGGGGGUUCCGUUCCCACUCCAGCAUCCCUGGGUCGGUCAGGUCUGUCGGAGGACAGCCGCCCUCUGCUCGUCACCAUGGGAACAGUGCAGGACCCCAGACUGCCCAGGAUGGAGGGCCACAACGCCACUGUGCUUUAGCCUAAAUGCCUGUACUCUGCUGGUCUUUUUUCAGACCCUGUCUUUGAAGACUGUGUGUCCUGGACACUCAGCAACAAACACUGUGUUUUAGGACAGAGAUCAUUUUACACACCCCCCCCCCCCACCACCACCAUCCUACCAUUUUUGGUUUAUCCCUCCAGUUUAGAGCAAACUCAUCUCAGUGAAACAGAGCUGGAUGAGUCCAUUAGGCUUUUCCUAUGAGAACUCUGGAGGAGCGUUCAAAUCCCCAAUGGAUGUUAAAGCACAUCAGAAAAGGAAAAACUUUCGGGAGGCAAAAUUUAGCGACAAGAAUAGUUUUAAAAGUUUAAAAAAAAAAGAAAUAUUUUUUCAUUGCUGAAGGGAUCAGGACUGGGUGAGAUUACUAAGAAGAAACUGGAGAGUUCAUGACAGGUGGAUGAGGGUCAACUCGUGGACAGGGUGUGUGUGUUUUCAUGCUCAGUACGUAGAGGAGAAUGGACCAUUAGGAGGAUUUAAAUCUCUAUAUUUUGCUGGAUGUGAGUCUGGAUGUGUGUUGACUGCAGCACCUGUGUUAAGUUGUCUGCAGCUGUCAGCCACAUGUGAACCGUCACUGUUCCUCCCCUCAUCCUUUUGGAAAACAGCAGCGCGGUAAAUAACUUGUAUCAGACUAUUUUUCAUGAAUAUUGCAGAAUAGAACACUGGAUUACCAGAGACAUUUAUACUGAAAAAAAUACUGGGAAAAAUGUGUUUGUUGAUGUUUGCUUGCCUGCUUGUUUAUUUAUUCAUUUGUUUAUUUAUUAUUUGAAAGUGGCUCUAUAAAUUAUUAAUAAACUUGCUUAAAAUCCAAACAGAUUCAUCUUACAUCAAGUGCUUUUAUCUAUUUUCAGCUGCAGGAUUUGGUUGUGUUUUUUUUUGUUUUUUUCCCCAGUCCUGAAAAUCAAACGUCAAAUGGUCUGGAAUGAGUGAAGUCAGCAGCGUGGAUGUGGAUGAAUAAAUAAAACAAAGAAGCAGGUAUGAGGGAGAUGAUUGGAUGAAUGAAUAGCUUUUGUUAUAGCUGAAGAUGUGUCAACUCAUUGCUCCUGGUGUUAAUGGAUUUGAUUUUGUUAAUGACUGCGUUCUUUUGAACGAGUGCUUUGAGACAGUGAAGCUGAGACUUUUCUCACUCAUUUUUCAUUAAUUCACUUCUUGUUUAAUACAAACCUUUCCUUCCCCUGAUUGUCUGGAUAUAGAAACACAGUUGAUGAUGCUGAAUCAAUCUUCACAUCUCUGCUCUCUCAAAGCACUCUGCGAUCUUCAAAUCUCUACGUGUUCUGUCUUUUCUAUUACAGGACGAGUGUCGUGGAAUACGAAUGAGUGCGAGUGACACAUUUGAAUACAAACAGUAUUUUUGCUCUCCAUGUGACUGAAACCCUGGACCAAUUUGAGUCUCACUCUGCUCAUUCUCCCUCACGUGUCACGUGUGUGUACGAACUGUUCAGUUGAAGGACAGUAACAUACUGUAGAUGUAUCACCAAACACCGUCAGUGUGUUGAUUUUCAAGUGAAAACAAUGUGUGUCUUUCUUUGAUGCUUUUGCUUGACUGUAUUGUGCAUUCCUGUCGGUCCUGCUGCAAAGCAAAAAUGAGCUGUCGUGUGCGUCAUGGCACUCGGUGACUGAUGAAGACAAAUGCAGCCCUGCAGGCAAAGUCAAUAUAUUGGCUAAUGAGAAGUUCUUUGCUUCAUCUCCAGCACCUGUGUUAAAACUGUGUUCUCUUCACAGCUCAUCACCAUCGUUUGAUGUAAAAAGACAAAGUGAACUGCACCUGUAAAUGUUGUAAUUAUAAAGUAUUGUACUAUGGCUCCGGUAAAAGCUGUAAAUUGCCCUUGAGAAGACAUUCACCAAAAUUAAUAAAUUACUAUAUAAUAA